CCUAACGACAAUUUCAUCCCUCCCUCUCGUUUGGUCAUGGAAGGAGCAAGGGAAACUUCAUCCAUCACUUACUUGACGCCCACGGAUCAGAAUCAAACCCCUAACGCGUUGGUUACUCAGCACAAGAAGGAGUUAACAACACAAAUCCCUAAAACGAGCCGAGGUCGUCAGAAGAUAGAGAUCAAAGAGAUCCAAGUAGACAGCAAGAGACAUGUAACGUUCUCGAAACGACGUAAGGGGCUUUUCAAGAAAUCCGCUGAAUUGAGCGUUUUGACGGGCGCAAAAAUCGCGGCCAUAACGUUCUCUAAAUGCGGUAGGAUCUACACUUUUGGCCCCGUGGACACAUUGAUCGACAGGUAUCUUCGUAAGAGUCCGGUGAGUUUGGAGGUUUAUCACGGUGAGGAUGCGGCGGAGGAGGAAGGGAAUCCGUGGUGGGAGCGGCCGGUGGAGAGUGUUCCGGAGGAGGAUUUGGAAGAGUACAUGGCAGCUUUGAGUUUGUUGAGGGAGAAUUUAGGUAAGAGGAUCAUUGAGAUGGGUAAUAAUACUGAUCGGACGGUUGAGAAUGUUCCGACAUGGCCAAACAACAUGAUGGGUUGGAAACCAACGAUGGAUAUGCAAAGCUUAAGCUUGGAUAAUAGGAUGGAUGGAUUUACUCAAAGCCGUGGAGGUCAAAACGGGUGAUUGAUAAAGGGUUUCUCUAAUGUAGUUCUAAACUAUUUGAUUUUUAGUUGUGUUGAGUCUAGUUAUAAUUUCAUGCCAUUGAUAUUAAAUUAUUGAUUCAUUGUUUUCUUGUCUACUUGUUACUUUUAAAAC